AUGAAUAUACCUGGAGAAAACUCGAGUCCGAUUCGGAAUCCUGGGAACCCUAAAGCUGAAGACCUACUCUCCAGCCACCGGUUUUGGGACGACAGUCAAGUUCCACACGAAGACGACGAAAUUUUCAAAACCUUCAGAUGGACCAGAAGCGACCACAAUAUCCGGAGCGCCAAACCAUGCCAAGCUCUAGACGAGGAGAGUAGUGCUUGGCAUGAUUGUCUAGAACCUCAAUGUUCUUUCUCAUUUGGCGACAAUGGGACAACAGCGACCGUCAACGCUUUCGGGCGACUUAUGCAAUUCAGCAGUUUUAUGAAUAUUGGUCAUACAGGGAUGUUUGCCGCUGACCAAGAACGUACAGAAGAGCCAUGUGAUCCUUGGGCAAGGGCCAAAACUCUUGAAGCUUUGACGCUAUCGCGUGACUCGGAGGGAUUCAGCUACGGAUUGCGAUUCGAUAACCUGAAUUUUGCUGCUCAGCCGGAACGGAAGUACGUCCAUUCUCGAUGGCCUCGAUACGAAUUCGAGAAUGAACAGUUUGGUAUGGCCGUGCAAUGGAUGGUCUCCGAAGGAAUUAUCUUACAACAAUGUGUCGUGACCAAUCGAUGCAAGGAUGACGAACUAUUAAAAUUCGCAUUCGAUAAAAAAAUGCGGAUUCGAGAUCUCGAUCACUUAGACGUUCACUAUAGGUAUAACGAGUAUAAAGAACAGCCUAGUGACAAAGUGAAUGUCUCUUCUAAAGGCCCCAAUGGCUAUAGUUGGACCUGCACACACGCAUUCGACACUGACGCGGUUGGGGUUGUUGUGUCUAUAUCUGUUGACGGUAUUCCUUGCCUGUGGGACGAUUCAUUUACGUGGCACCACGUUCUCAAAGGAUUUGAUACAAUAGAGAUAACGACUGCGUAUAAAAUGAUACCUCUCAACGGCUUCAAUACGGAUUGGCGGGAGUUUCUGAUUCCAGCAGAUAAGAUCGACGUUGAUAGCAUGCUUCAGGCAGAGCAAUUCUGCCCCUUAGAGCUUGAUAUUUUUCCUAUUCAAUUGUCCGGAUCUCUUAACGGCAUCUUCCAACGCAACUUAGAGCAUAUUCUCUCUGUCUGUGCUAUCCCAACAGUGCGGGUCCAGGGGAAAGAUGUUCGUGCUGUAGCGUUAACGUGUGGGGAUAUAUCGGCACAUCGCAUUUUCACAUCAGCCAGCUUUUUCGCAUUUCGAUUUCUCCUCCAAAUCGCUGAGCAUCUCUCGAAUAAAUCAAAUCACCCAUAUCUUCAGUCUCUUAGUGCUAGGAUCAAAUAUGUCUGCACAGGCCAUCUAUUGUGGCUCAAGUCGGUUGCUAUUCCUUAUUGCAGCCUCUUGGAAGGAGAGUGUUUCGUGAAUGGGACUAAAGACAAGUCUCAAUCGACGUACGCAAGACACAAUUUGCCGACUGAUACUCCUUUCCAAGUUCUUAAGGCAGCAGAUUUUGCAGCUGCAUAUAAAUUAAGCGAAGAUCAAGAGUUAGCACAUGAAUUAGCAGACCAGUUAGCCCUGCCAUGGGUCGCCCACCUUCAGAAAUUGGACAAGAGAGAAAAGUUCGCAUGGCCCCAUGCUGAAGAAGAAGGUUUCAAUAUAUUUCGGCUCAGUGACCACGUCUGGAUCUAUGAGGCUCUCAAACGACUCGAGACUCUGAGAGUGUGGGACCGAAUAUGCAGUCGUGAUGGUGUCAACGAGAGGCAUAUCGACAAGGCGGCAAAAAAGUUCUCGUCCAAAAAUGUCCAAAAAGAGUUCCUUCGCCGCUUUACGACCGAAACCCAGAAUAAUCUGUCGGACAAGAGGAUGUUAGCUGUGACUCGAUCAGUGCGUGAAUCGCGAUUCUUGUUUCAUUCGAGAGACACCAACCUUUUCUCUAGCAUGGGCAUUGAUUGUGAAAACACGUCAUUUCACGAACUAUGGCAGAAUACCAUUCAGGCGCAGAUCCGAAUCAAAAAUAAACCUAGCGAUUGGGAUAAAUCUCUUCGCUACGGUUUGGCUAUAGUCAUGGGGUCUCAUGGGUAUAGUCUUGAUGAACGCGCUCCAAUUGACAUGGUCAAAAACUCGGUCGAGAUUUUGAUUAAAGCUAUCCGACCUAAUGGGUGCAUCGCCGGGCAAUUGGAUAAAGACACUAGAAUGCAAGUCCUAUUCUCUACUCGAGGUGAGAUAGAGUCAUAUUUCCAUGCCAGUUUCGAGAUUCCCCACAUUCUCUUGUCGCAUGGUCGCGAACUUCGCAAGAUAUAUUCCGAUCAGUCCAACCACUUUGAGCCGAAUAUUAUCACAAAACGGCAUGCAGAAAUUGGUCCACACGGAUUCCAUAACACCAAUCAUGCUGAAGAGGAAAUAGACGAGAGUGCCGAAAAAAGAUUAAAAAGGACUGCACUUUUCAGCAGCGGAAUAGAUUCCAAAAACAUAUCAGAACUUGACGACGAGUGGUUAUACAACAUCCCUCCAUGCUGCUUACGAGACCAGACCAUUGGACUAGAGGAGCUUCAAGAGUUACAAGAGCGGAUUCGAAUAGAUGGCGAGUCGCAUGGGAAAACCGUAGCCAAAGGUGCCUUCAACGAACAUUCUCGGGCGAUUAACCUCGAUUGCGCCGUCAUCGAUUUAUCGGGGCGGACGAAGAGAAAGGAAAGCAAUGUGAGCUUCUGCGAUAGUCACGUUAUGUUAUGGAACGAACUUCGCAAACCGCGAACGGCAAAGGCUAAGAAAAGAAGAAUAUGUGUUAAUAAAAUGGAUGCGUAUGGGGCGAUGUUGUGUUACAUAGCUACUCCUGAACCCGAAAGAGUAGGGAUUUCGUUAUUCUUUGAUAGGCAUGCGGGUUACGAGACGUACUUUUUCGACGACGCCAACAGACUCCUGAAUACAUGGGAAACUGAACUUCAUCUCAGUUUCUACAUGCUUGUGGAUUCUGAUAUUCCUUAUGACCACAACUUGCCGACCUAUACAACCGAAGUCCUUCCAGGCUUCCACGACAAAGUUCUGACACGUGUCUCCAUGAGCUUCUUAUUCAACGGGGAAUUUUUCGACCAGUAUUGGACCUGCUACGUCAUCAAUCAUGCCCCCGGAGGAACUCCCCUGAUCUCCGAUGACAGCUUGAAGAAUAUAUCGCCAAGUGAUGGGUCCCAGAGACAGCGCAAAGUACUGGAGCUACGGUUGGUGGAUCACAUGUUAACAUUGCUCACAGGAAGUACGAAGAGGGCCUUUGCAACGAUUUCGACUAAAUUGGACAUCGACGAAGGAGAACCCUCGUCUCAAGAAUACAUGAGUAAAAGUAUCAAGUGGCAACGAUACCAACGCGUCUUGCAUCUCAUGCAAGAGGACCUUGAUCAUGCUCUACGCGCUAUCUCUGAUUGGGAUAGAAGGGAGGAAGAUCGUGGCACAGAGAAACCCCGGUGGACACGCAAUGCCGAGAGGAAGUACGGUACCAUUAUCAAUAAGUUGGCCGGCACAACAAAUAGGAAAAUAAGAGAACUCAGGCAAACUCACACAAGUAUCGUCUCACUAAGGGGCUUAUUGAAAUCACAUCAAGAGCAACUCAGCCACGAGUUGGGGCGAAGGGAAGCCAAGGAAUCACAGAAUGUCCUCUACCUUACCUACAUCAGCGCGGUAUUCCUACCACUCAAUUUCGCGACAAGUCUCUUCAGCAUGAGCCAGAGUCCCGAUAGUACUUUAAUCAGCAACAUGGCCAAAUGUGCCGCGGUAGCUUUUGUCGUCACUUUAAUUGCGCUCUUCAAUGCCUCGGGAUUGGCCGCGGCACUCAGGGCUGUUCGCUCAAAACUUCAUAACGUGGAGAGUUAUUGUCGCUCGGAGGUGCAGAAGCAUCCUUUUUCCUCCCAGAUUAGGAAAGACCCCGAUUUUCGUAAUGAUCCGGAUGCGGAGCUCUGUGUUGGACGGGAGAAGGUCGAUUUACCAGCUGUUCUCCGGGGUACACCAAAUAUUGGAGACUCACUGUUUAUGUUUUGGAUUGAGUACCUCUUCAUUGAAUUACCUAUGCGACGAGUUCUUUAUGGAUUUGGCGCCCUGAGAUGGGGGGUGGUUACGCCAAAGGCCAUCGUCCAGGUCUCAGGGGCGGUAGUAUUCCUACCUCUUUUCGCUCUCUCUUGGAGUGUUCGGUUUAUCUACUAUAACUUAGCUGAUUUGUUUCACUUGUGCAGAGGGUUUAUUGCAUCACUGCCAAAACGCUCGUAUGUUAAGUCGGAUUGUUCUACCAUCGGCCUGCAAGAUGAAGAUGAAAGUAUGUUAUUAAAACGGUACAGAUCCCGUCUUGAAGUCGCCCGACCAUUGACAACUCUUUCGGAUCGGGUAAGUUCCAAACACGAGAACCGAGUUAAGGAUGUAACCGAGGGAAGAGGCUGUGAAAACCGUGUUUGA